UUCACUAUGCGUUGCGCAGUGGCGUUGGAAUCACCUCGCCAAGAGUUGGAGCGGCACGAACCGUGGAAGAAUCUUUCCUUUUUUGACUCGUAGAAAAUGGGUCGCGUUAUCAGAGCCCAACGUAAGGGAGCGGGAUCGGUUUUCCGUGCCCACACGAAGAAAAGGAAGGGAGCCCCAAAAUUGCGCUCUCUCGACUAUUCCGAAAGGAAUGGAUACAUCAAGGGUGUUGUAAAGGACAUCAUCCACGACCCUGGCCGUGGUGCUCCUUUAGCUGUCGUUCACUUCCGUGACCCUUAUAAGUUCAAAACACGCAAAGAGUUGUUCAUUGCCCCAGAAGGUCUUUACACCGGUCAAUUUGUGUACUGUGGCAAAAAAGCCAACUUAACCAUCGGAAAUGUAAUGCCCGUAGGCACCAUGCCUGAAGGUACUAUCAUUUGCAAUGUUGAAGAGAAGACUGGUGACCGAGGCCGAUUGGCUCGUGCAUCAGGAUUGUAUGCAACUGUGAUUGCACACAACCCAGACACAAAGCGCACAAGAAUAAAGCUUCCAUCUGGAGCUAAGAAAGUCAUUCCAUCCGCCAAUCGUGGUAUGGUUGGUAUUGUUGCAGGAGGUGGUCGUAUCGACAAACCUAUCCUGAAGGCUGGUCGUGCUUAUCACAAGUACCGUGUCAAGAGGAACUGCUGGCCAAAGGUUCGUGGUGUUGCUAUGAACCCCGUUGAGCAUCCUCAUGGUGGUGGUAACCAUCAACAUAUUGGUCAUGCUUCCACAGUCAAGCGUGGAACCAGUGCUGGUCGCAAGAUUGGUUUGAUCGCUGCCAGAAGAACUGGUAGAAUCCGUGGUGGAAAGACCGAGAAGAAGGAAGAUUAGAUUUUGAAUAAAAAUUAAUAAGCUUAAUAAAAACAAGAUAAGCCUAAAAAA